UUAACAUGUCUAAUAAUCCUUAAAACCAAUCUGUUAUUAAACAGUAACUACACCAGCUAGACUGGUAUGAUAGUGUUGAAGGAGAGUUAAAGAGAGGCCACACCAUAACUGGACUGGAGAACCACUACACAUGCACAAUCUUGUUGUGGGAGGCAGUCAGAGCUCAUUGGACGAAGAAUCGAGCAAGAGUGCAUUGAAGAAACAGAGAUACAGCAUACCAGGACAACCACAGAUCAGUGACGCCCUUAAGCAGAAGAUUCAUCAGGAACUCGAGCACAGGAUCCAACAAGAGGAAAAACAACCGCAGCAGGUGGUGGAACAGCAGCAGACUCGGCUGCACCAGGAAGAGGAGCACAGGAUCCAACUGCAGCAGGAAGAGGAGCACAGGAUCCAACUGCAGCAGGAAGAGGAACACAGGCUCAUCCAGCAGAAGGUAGAGGCACAGACACAACAAAGCAUAUUUGAGAACGCAGAGGAUCCCAGCAGGAUGCCACGUGGCACUCAACUACCACGCACACGCAGGGAAGAACCUGAUAAGCCCAGUUAUGAUGGGGACGAGGAUGAGGGUGGCUGUGGAUGGUGUUUAGCGUCUCUGAUCCAGUGGCCUGUGAUCAUCGCAGCCUCUAUCAUCAUCCCCAUCUUUGGCAUCACUUUCAUCAUCAUGGGAGCCAUCAACAUGAACAAUUGUUCCAUCGAGCCUAUGAUCCCCAUAUGGCUCAUUAUUCAAGGGAUCAUCUUGCUGUUCGGAAUUGGCAUCGGAGGUGCAGCUAAGAAGACAUCCAAGAAUGGCAGUGUCUCGCUCCCUAUUAAACUAGUCGGCUUUGUUAUUUCCUUAGCCACAAUCGCCUGGUUCACAGGAGGGAACGUCUGGGUAUACCAAGCCUGGGCACAGACACCAGACUACGCCCACUACUGGUUCGAGAAUGGUUGUAACAUGAGUCUGUUCAACCUGGCCUUCUACGGGAUCAUAAUCUUGGACGCCCUCUUCAUUCUCCUUGCCAUCGUUGGCUGCAUUGCCUUCUUCCUCCGUGGUUGUCAUUCCAGAUAGAGGGACGGUGAAGUUUUCUCGGUGGGAUGGAUGUGCUGGUUUAGGUAAUGCCAUCGUCUUCUGAAAGCGAGAAUUUGGAUUACCGUCAGUAUUUCUGAUCUUCGAAAACGAGAAUUUAGGCUUUUAUCUUCAUUUCUUGUCUUUUAAAACAAGAAUUUGGGUUACUAUCAGUGUUUUCUAUUUUUAAAAUGAGAAUUUAGGCUUCCAUAUUUUUUCUUGUUUUUAAGAACCUAAAAUAUGGAUUCAAUAUCUACAUUUUCUCUUUGGAAAUGAAAAAUUAGGGCAUCAGCAUUUCUUGUUUUUAAUAAUGAAGGAUUUGGAUUUAUAUGUUUUGUCUUCCUCACAGGGAAUUUAGACAUUCAUCUUCAUUUCCUGUCUAUGAUAAAAAAUGGACUUUCAAUAUCCUUAUGAAGAUUGUGAACAAAAAUGUGGACUACCAUCCUCAUCCUCACCUUAAAUAAACAACCUUAGUUUAUCAUCCCCAUGUUCUGUGGUUUAGAGCAUAGAUUUGGGUAAAUGAUGAUGGUAAUGAGGAUGAAUAGAAUGGUUUAUAGACUAUCAUCAUCAUUUGCUGCCUAAGAAUGUAGAUGAGGAUGGUAUGUAGUGGCUGGUUUAUGUCUGAGAAUAAAAAAAGAAUGCACCAACACAUUCUUCUUGGAUAUAAACACGACCCUGGUGAGUAAAAUGGAGCUUUGGUACAAUGUUAUUGAUUGUAGUGAUAAUUGGGGCUAAAACAUGAUGUUAAUUUCAACAUUAACUUUGUCACUAACUCUUAGAACUAAAUGUUGAUUAUCUCAUUGACUUGUCUGUCGAUGUAAAUAUUCAUAAGUGCUGCUAUAUUGAUUUCAACAUUAAUUUGACUGUCAGUGGUAAUGUUUUAUGUGUAUAAAUAUUAAUUUCUAUUAAAUCUACUUUAUAUUUUAUUUUCACUGCAAACUUGACCGUCUAUUUGUGAAUAAAACUACUGUAAGAUGUCAGUCUGUAUAAUUCAAAAUUUAACAAAAAAUAACAAGUAACAAGAAUCCUAGUGAGUUAAAUUUGGUCACUUAAAUAUUUUCAAGUACAGCUUAAAUAUCUAUAGUUACUAUUGUUUUGUAAAGACUGUUCUAGUUUUCAUCUGUUUGCUGUAAGUAAAUCUGUAAUUGAUUUUGUUUAGUGUCAGACAUUUAUACUUAUUAAUAAAGGAACUUAACAAGAAGUUAUUAUUAUCAUAACUUAUUUGCUUAUGUAACUUACUAUAGGUGGGCUCUGAACGAAUACACUUCUAUGUUCAGUUUGUGAUUAUAGGCGAAGUCUAAGCAAUGUUGGUUUAAAUAGUCCAAGAAUAGAUAGCUUGGCUAUAUUGAUAAUAACUUGUAUUAUAUGUAAGUUGUGUUUUUUGGUAAUAAAGUUACAUAACAA